AUGGCUCUCUAGUAUAAUCUUCAGCUUCUUGUCUAGAGCGCCAAGAGGAAAGUGAAAAACCCUAACUACCUGUCACUUUAUCACUCAGUCACUGUCUCUCUCUCUCUCUCUCUCUCUCUCUCUCUCUCUCUCUCUAUAAACUACCAAUGCAGCCCCUGGAUCUCUAAUCCUUGCUCACAGCCUCUUCUACCUCCAAUCCUCUGUGCUGACCAGCGCCCAGAUUGUUCGUCUUCAAUGCAAUCUGAACCCUCAGAUUCACGCACCCACUUCCUCUGCGCAUCCGCUUUAUCAGCUACCGCGAUCCACUCUUCAGCUGCGUUGAUUCCUUUCUUGGAUCGGUGCCACUGAAAUUUUUAGCUUUCGGUGCUUUUUCUUCACUUCUGUACUCUUCAUGGCCGCGAAUGCGAAUCACGAAAAUUUCGGGAUUCCUUUCUUGGAUUGAUAUAUAUACACCAUUGGUCAUUCCGUUUCUUUUUCUUUUUUUUUUCCCCCCCUCCUGGAUUUGAUGCGGAUUGGCGAAUGAGAAUCAGAGCUUCGCGAACUAGGAUCGAAUCGUAUUUUGGUUUGGUGAACUCCAAUUGAUGAACCCUUCUGCAGGCUACUGUAAUUAGAAUAAAAUCUUCGAAAAAUGAAGGCUGUGGAGCUUAGUUGUAAAAUUCUAGUGUUAUGUGGCCUCUUGAUCAUUGGGAAAGCGGAGAUUUACUUAGUGACAGUAGAAGGAGAGCCGGUGAUCAGUUACAAGGGCGGUGUUGAUGGUUUUGAAGCCACAGCUGUAGAAGCGGAUGAAAAGAUUGAUCCCACGAGUGAAUUGGUUAUAUCCUAUUCACAUCACCUGGAGAAGAAACAUGACAUGCUUCUCGGGAUGUUGUUUGAACAUGGUAGUUACAAGAAACUUUACAGCUAUAAGCAUCUUAUUAAUGGAUUUGCUGUUCAACUUUCACCUGAACAGGCAGAAACACUUGGACAUGCCCCUGGUGUGAAAUCUGUGGAGAAGGAUUGGAAGGUGAAGAGACUGACAACACACACACCCCAGUUUUUGGGGCUGCCAACUGGAGUAUGGCCAACAGGAGGUGGCAUUGAUUGGGCUGGAGAAGAUAUUGUGAUAGGUUUUGUGGACUCUGGGAUUUAUCCACGUCAUCCUAGCUUUGCGACCUACAAAGCUGAACCCUAUAGGCCUCUUCAGAAGUACAAAGGGAAAUGUGAAAUUGAUCCUGACACCAAGUUAAGUUUCUGCAAUCAGAAGAUUAUCGGAGCUCAGCACUUCGCUAAAGCUGCCACUGCAGCUGGCGCAUUUAAUCCUGAAGUUGAUUUUGCAUCUCCCUUGGAUGGUGAUGGACAUGGAAGUCAUACAGCAGCUAUUGCAGCUGGAAAUUAUGGAAUUCCUGUGAAAAUGUAUGGGCAUGAAUUUGGAAAAGCUAGUGGAAUGGCUCCCCGUGCUAGGAUUGCUGUGUACAAGGCACUUUACAGGCUUUUUGGAGGGUUUGUUGCUGAUGUCGUAGCUGCAAUUGAGCAGGCUGUUCUUGAUGGCGUGGACAUUCUUAAUCUCUCAGUGGGGCCAAACAGUCCUUCAACAACAACCAAGACCACAUUUUUAAACCCCUUUGAUGCUACGCUUCUUUCAGCUGUGAAAGCUGGUGUAUUCGUUGCACAGGCGGCUGGAAAUGGAGGCCCUUUUCCAAAAACCUUGCUGUCUUACAGUCCAUGGAUAGCAUCUGUAGCUGCCGCAAUUGAUGAUCGUAGAUACAAAAACCAUCUAAAUAUGGGAAAUGGAAAAAUCUUACCUGGACUUGGGUUGUCGCCUGCAACACAUCCAAAUCAAACAUUCACUCUGGUUGCUGCAAAUGAUGUGCUACUGGAUUCCUCAGUAAUGAAGUACAGCCCCACUGACUGCCAGAGACCGGAAGUUCUGAACAAAAACUUGGUCAAGGGGAACAUUCUUCUUUGUGGUUAUUCCUUCAAUUUUGUUGCUGGUACUGCGUCAAUCAAGAAAGUCUCAGAAACAGCCAAGAGCCUUGGUGCAAUUGGAUUUGUUCUUGCUGUGGAAAAUGUUUCUCCAGAAACAAAGUUUGAUCCUGUUCCUGUUGGUGUUCCAGGGAUUCUAAUCACUGAUGUCAGCAAAUCAAUGGAACUGAUAGACUAUUACAACGUGUCUACAUCAAGAGAUUGGACUGGGCGAGUGAAAAGCUUUGAAGCAAUUGGCAGCAUUGGGAAUGGUUUGAUGCCUGUCCUCCACAAAUCUGCCCCACAGGUUGCAUUAUUCUCUGCUCGGGGGCCCAAUGUUAAAGAUUUCAGCCUCCAAGAUGCAGAUCUUCUCAAACCAGACAUUCUUGCUCCUGGAUCUCUCAUUUGGGCUGCCUGGUCUCGAAAUGGCACAGAUGAGGCUAAUUAUGUUGGAGAAGGAUUUGCUAUGAUAUCUGGAACAAGCAUGGCUGCUCCACACAUAGCAGGGAUAGCUGCUCUUGUAAAGCAGAAACACCCCAACUGGAGCCCAGCUACUAUCAAAUCAGCCUUGAUGACAACAUCAACGAUUCUGGACAGAGCUGGACGACCUCUUCAAGCCCAACAAUAUUCUGGAGGAUCAGAAACUAUGACUCUGGUCUCAGCGACACCUUUUGAUUAUGGCAGUGGCCAUGUCAAUCCAACAGCUGCUCUAGAUCCUGGACUUGUUUUUGAUGCAGGUCAUGAGGACUACUUGGGAUUUUUGUGCACAACACCUGGAAUUGAUGCUCAUGAGAUAGAGAAAUACACUCAUUUGCCCUGCAACUACAGCAUUGGCUCCCCAUCAAAUUUUAAUGCCCCAUCUAUUGCAGUUUCCCAUCUUGUGGGAACUCGCACUGUGACUCGCACUGUCACAAAUGUUGCUGAGCAAGAAACUUACGUGAUUUCAACCAGAAUGCAGCCAGAAAUUGCUAUUGAAGCAAACCCCCCAGCCAUGACUUUGAAAUCUGGCGCAUCAAGGAAGUUCUCUGUGAGCCUCACUGUCCGGUCAGUGACUGGAACAUACAGUUUUGGAGAGGUUUUGAUGAAAGGUAGCAGAGGGCAUAAAGUGAGGAUUCCUGUUAUAGCUAUGGGUUACAAAAGGUAGUUUGGUUAGCCUUCAAAAUUUAAGUGUUAUGGUUGUGAUAUAUUCUUUGUAAUCUGAUCGAAUAAGGGAAAGAAAGCUAAAGAAUAUAUGUGUCUAAUAUCUAUGCAUGGAGAUGUGUAAAAUAAGCUGUGUAAGGGGGGAGGCCCUAGUUUCUUGUACCUAUUAAUGUUUGCUUAUUUGUUCUGUAAUUUGACGGGAUGUUUUUCAGUGGUCAAUGUAUGAAAAUUCCAAAGCA